UACACAGCAGAAGACACAAGGAGGACAAGGGUGCUCCACAAGCACAAGAGAAAAAGCAAACCCCAUUUAAAGCUUUUUUCCCCUUUGCUACUGUGCACAUCACAACAACAAAGAUGGGUUUGUGAAGUAUCCUAGAGAGAGAGAGAGAACAAAACAACAAGAAGGCAAAGAGGAAGAAGGAAAAACAGUAACAUGAUGCAGGAGGAGCAUGAACCAGGUGAGAGGUAUUUUGAGGUGUCUGUGCAUCAUCAUCAUCUGCUAUUUGAGCCCUUUGACUGAAACCCAUUUUGGGUUUGAGUUUGAGUUUGAGUUUGCACUUUCUUUCAACUUGCUUGUUGCUGUUGUUGAUUUAGAUGAAGGCCGUGCCCCUUCCCUUUCAGGAAUUUCGAGGGAAAGGGGUCUUAGAUUUUGCUGCUUCUGCUGGUGUUGGUGAUUCUUUGCAGCAAGAGCAGUUUCUGCAAAGGUGGAACACUCGCAGGGAAAACUGUUGCUAUGUGGGCUUUGAGCCCACCACCUACACAAACCCACCCACACCUUGCUCCACACUGUCUUCCUCACACGGCAGCACCGGUGGCGGUGGCUGCGGCUCCACCGAUAGCUCCACCGGCGCAGCAAAGGUCUCAGGCGAAAAGGGGAACAGCAACCACAACCCACCCCAAGCAGGGUUAGAAGUUGGCCAGGGAAGAUGUGGGAUGGGAAUGGAGGAUUGGGAGAGUGUGCUUUCUGAGUCACCGGGUCAAGAUCAUUCCAUUCUGAAAUUGAUUAUGGGGGACAUUGAGGACCCAUCUAUGGGAUUGACCAAGCUUUUGCAGGGGGGAAAUUGUUCUCAGGAUGUUGAAUUCAAUGGGGUUGGCAUGGGUUUUAGUUUUGUGGAUCAGAGUUCUGUGCUUGACCCUAUUUCUGGUGGGAACUUUGGGGGCAGCAUUGACCCUUCAUCUGGUCCUGGGAAUUGUUCUGAUUUCAAUUUCAAUACCCACAACAAUGUUAACUCUAAUGUUGCAAGAGCAGGUUCAGGUGUGAAUCCAAACCCUGUGUUCCCUGCUUCAGCUAGCAAUCUCUCACCGGUUUCCCUCCCUCCGGGUAUGUUUCAGCCACAGCAGCAGCAUCAUCAGCCGAUGGAGUCUCUUGAUGAGAAGCUGCAGCUUUUCAAUCCUCAGUUCAUUUUGAAUCAAAGCCAAGCACAGUUUAUGCCCAACCCAGGCUUGGGCUUUCCUUUGACAUAUUCCCAGCUGCAAGAACAUCAUCAGCUUCACCCACAGCAGCCUCCGGCGAAACGCCUCAACUCUGGCUCUGCUGGACUAAAUUAUCAGGUUCCGAGGACGCCCUUUUUCGAUUCUGGCCAAGAGAUGUUUCUUGGGAGACAGCAGCAGCAGCAGCAGCAACAGCAGCUCCAACUGCUUCCACACCAUCUGCAGCAGAGGCCAUCAUCCAUGGUGGUGGCACCGAAGCAGAAAAUGGUGAACACCGGUAACGGCGGCGAAGAUGUGGCAACACACCAGCUUCAACAGGCCAUUAUUGACCAACUCUUCAAGGCUGCUGAACUGUACGACGCCGGUAAUCCGGAACUCGCGCACGGGAUAUUGGCGCGGCUCAAUCACCAACUUUCUCCCAUUGGGAAGCCUUUUCAAAGGGCUGCUUUUUAUUUUAAGGAGGCAUUGCAAUUACUUCUCCACUCGAAUGGCAACAAAAAUCUGACCUUCUCACCUGCUGGCCUAUUGCUCAAGAUUGGCGCUUACAAAUCGUUCUCAGAAAUCUCACCGGUCCUGCAGUUUGCCAAUUUCACUUGUAACCAAGCACUGCUUGAAGCUGCUGAAGGGUUUGAUCGCAUUCACAUAAUAGAUUUUGAUAUUGGGUUUGGUGGGCAGUGGUCUUCUUUCAUGCAAGAGUUAGCACUCAGGAAUGGUGGUGCACCUGCACUCAAGAUCACUGCAUUUGUGUUACCCUCUCACCAUGAUGAAAUGGAGCUCAGUUUCACACAGGAUAAUUUGAAGCAAUAUGCUAGUGAAAUCAACAUGUCUGUUGAGCUUGAGAUUCUGACCCUCGAGUCAUUGAAUUCUGCUUCGUGGCCCCAGCCACUUCGUGAUAGCGAAGCUGUUGUGGUUAACUUACCUAUUGGCUCUUUCUCAAAUUGUCCCUCAUAUCUUCCUCUGGUUCUUCGCUUUGUGAAGCAGCUCAUGCCCAAAAUUGUGGUUACAUUGGAUAGAAGUUGUGAUCGAACUGAUGUACCAUUUCCUCAGCAUCUAAUUUUUGCACUCCAGUCUUAUUCGGGGCUGCUUGAGUCACUUGAUUCUGUUAAUGUUCACCCAGAUGUCCUUCAGAUGAUUGAAAAGUAUUAUGUUCAACCAGCAAUGGAGAAGCUUGUUUUGGGCCGUCAGCGUUUGCAGGAAACAACACUUCCUUGGAAAAAUAUGCUCUUGUCAUCUGGUUUCUCGGCCUUGCCAUUUAGUAACUUUACAGAGUCCCAAGCAGAGUGUUUGGUGCAGAGGACUCCGGUUAGGGGAUUUCAUGUGGAGAAGAGGCAGUCUUCCCUUGUUCUGUGCUGGCAAAGGAAGGAUCUCAUCUCCAUUUCAACUUGGAGAUGCUGAGGGGAGCCGUUUAGCGCCUUUGAACUGCCAAACUGUUUUUAAUUACAAAGGUGCUACAUAACUUACUGCUUCUAUUGGUUUUUCUUGAAUUUGCCUUGUCUAUGGUUCAAUGCUAAUUGUCAAUGUUUAGGAUUUGUGUUAUUUCCAGUGAAGGAAGUAAACAUAUUAAUUAGCAACUGAAUGGCAAUUUAUGAGCUCUCUUAUGUGUAGUGAUUUACUUUCAAUGUGUGCAUUCUAUUUAUGCAUUUUGUCCCCUUUUCAUUGGCUAAA